AAUCUUUUAACAGCAAAAGAAUGUGAGGGCUCCAGGAAGGGAUGGUUUUGCUACGGAUGGUUUUGCUAUGGAUCGUUCUUCUCUUCUCCUCAAAGAUCUGUCAAGCUGAUCGGAAUGGUCUCACGCAAGAAAAGAUUCAAGCGGCUUUCGUGGGCGAUGAUCAUCGCCUAGAGGAAGAGGAGAUUAUUGCCGAGAUUGUGCUUGGAGGAGUGGCAAACCAAGACGAAGAGGUGGAUGAAUUCUUCCUUGUGGACGAGGUGGAAGAUUUUUCUUUUGAGGAGACAAAGGUAGAAGAAAUCUCUCCAGGAAAAGAGGUGGAAACGAUCGUUGUACGUGAAGAUGAGCCUGUAUUGUUGCCGUAUGUCUGUACAUGGGGGCUCAUACUUCUAGGAAUUGUGUUGGCGAAGAAGCUCUUUUUGAGGAUUCGAGCUCGGGGGAGCAAGGAUCACAAACUUCCAGUCGAAAGCUUCAAGCCCCCAGUGGCCCCAGUGGAUAUUUCAGUCAUUGAAACCUUUGGUGAGAUCAUAGCGGAAGCUCUGUAUAAGAACACCAGCAAGCUCUCCGAGGAGGCUGUGCGAGGCCUAAGUAAAGAAAAACUUUGCGAGGUGAUCGGAAGAAGAAAGGCCGAGAGGAUUGCCCGCAGAUUUUCCAGGGCCUUCAUCGCCAAGUAUUGGUAAACGCACUCGUUAAGAAAGGUUUAAGCUUUCAGUCGUUUUCUUUCAUACAUUUUCAGAUGAACAAGCAACAAGGAGGUGAUCUUCCUUCGUUUUCUCUUGCUUGAUAGUUGAGAGCAAGACUUAAAAUCGUCGACGUGGUUGCAUGAGUGCGUGCUAAGAUACCCAAUGGAUGUAAGCUUACAUAACAGAAUUCCUCAAACCUAAA